AUGCUCAAAGCCGGCAACUACUGCCGGUUCGCUCGUCGAAACCAGGUUCUUUUAAAGACCCAACGCAGACUUUGGCAAAGCUCCAGAGAAGCGACGAAAGCGUUGGGUCGUUGCAGGCAACCUGCAGCUCUGAUCCGAGUCGUGAAAUCCAGCCAUUCCAAAAACCUCAUCGAUGGAGUCUUCUGCGCUGCUGCCUUGCAUCGUUUGAGUCUGCUGAGCCGGCAGAACGGCGAUGGCGAGUUGGCAGCUUGGAAGCUUUGUUAUGGUGAAGCAAUGCAGCAUUUGGAGAGCUUUGGGGCGCAAGAACUGGCCGUUGCAGCCUUGGCCAUGGCAAAGGCCAGACCUCCAAUGAGCAAAGAUCUCUUGGAGCAGCUGCUGGGUCGAGUUUUGCCAGGGCUUCACUUGAACUCCACAGCCUUGCCAAUCCGUUACUGUGCUAACUUGCUUUGGGCCACUGCAGCCAUACGCCAUGAGCAUCCGCUGACCAGGGCCCUUUUCCAGGAGGUUGAAGUCGCCUGCCACCAGCCGUGGAGACACGGUCGCUGCAACGCUCGUGACUUUUCCCAAGUCUGCUGGGCCUUUGCCUCAUCAGGUCGUCACAUGGGUGGGCUGCGGGUCAUCGAGAGCUCUGCCCAGCAUCAAGGCACCAUUCUGGAAAGCUAUUCUGAUCACGAUGUGGCCACCACCAUUUGGGCCGUAGCCACCAUGAGUUGCCCGGGGCCUCAAGGCUCUGGCUUUCUCGAAAGGUUGAUGGAGGCAGCCUGUGAAAAGGACUUUGCUCCGCAGGGUCUGUCGAUGACUUUCUGGGGCUUGGCGACCUUGGCUCCCUCCAUUCGUAGGGCAACGGUGGAGCAGCUGCUGGCGGCACUGGUGCCCAAAGUGCUGCAACAUGCUGGCAACUUGGCGCCUCAGGGGGCCUCCAACAUCCUUUGGGCGGUGGCAACCCUUGAAGCUCAGCAGGAACCAUCUCAUGGGGUCAUCGCCUUGGAUGAAGGUCUACGUCUACGCCUUGUUGAAGCGGUGUCCUACUCUCUAACUCAGCAGCUCCAGCAAUGCAAUGGACAGGACAUUGCAAAUGCUUUAUGGGCCUUGGCAAAUUUGGGCAUCAAGACUGAUGUGCUCUUUCCAAAGGUCUGCGAAUGCUUUCAGGAUCUGCCUAGUCACAGCUUUUCAGCUCAGAACUGUGCGAACAUUCUUUGGGCUCUAGUCCGUCAAGAUCGGGACUUGGAUUUACGUGACUUUGCCAAAGCAAUUGCAACGCGGGCGUCGAACUUCUCCUCAGAUUGGGACGAGCAAAGUCUAUCAAUAUCUGUUUGGGCUUUGGCAGUUCUGGGUCAAAGGACCUCUUCCCUGCCAUUGCUGAAAGCCUUAACAUCUGAUUUGGAAGAGCUCAGGAAAUUUUCAUCUGAAAGUUUGUCUGUUUUUGCAUGGACUUGUGGCUUGCUGGGUGUUGAGACGCAUCCAACUCCUUUGCUGGCACUUGUGAUAAAUAAGCGAGCUGAUAGUUUAACAAUCGAACAUUUGAGUUCGAUGCUGAUUGCCUUUGCCAGAAUUUGGCCACAUUAUAAAAUAUAG